UAGAUCGUGUAUUCAUUGUGAACGAAGAUUGGUGAUUAAGUUUGAAUUCACAUUUUAAGAAUUACAGGUGUGGGCUACCUACAUCUUGCCUUGGACCCGCAUUCCCUGGGGAAACAAAGACAGUUAUUAAUUAUUCGAUUACUAAUUGUGGACCCCAAAACGGGCUGCUGUCUUUUUUCCCAGAGUUGGCAUUUUCUCGCGUGGCGUUUAGUUAAAUUUGGACGUUGGAAACCCGCUAUCUCAUAUUAAAAGUCUCCCUCAUAAUAGGGGACUUUCCUCUAACAUCGUGACGCUAAACGCGUCGAAGUAUUGCUUUUCAAAACUCACAGUUAUGUAACGAGGAAACAGUCCCGUUAAAUUCAGCAUAAAUUAUGAAUCAAAGUACCGAAUCACGGUCCUUUAGCUGGAAUAUAUUCAUAACGAUAAAUACACUGUACUCGUAGUUUCCUUUGGUAACAUAAUUAGCCGGCUUAGACUGAAAUCAUAUAUCCACUUGCUAUAAGACACAAAUAUAAUUACGUAACUCUGUGUAUGUUUGAAGACUCACGUCAGACAGAGCUAUUAUCUAGUCACUGAGUAAAUUCGUCUAAGGCUCACGGGGGGGAACGUUUUCAGUGUAAUAAUUAGAUACGCCGCGCGCACUCGAUACACCGCGUAAGGUAAUGUUAAGUAACAUUAUGUCAACGUAGUAGUUAAGGCGCGUUCCAUCUUUUCUUUCGUUUCCUUCAAUCUUACUCCACUUUCCACCCGCAAAUGGUGCUUUCAAUUAUUAUCGCGUAUAUGCAUGUAAUAAUAAUUUGUUAUGAGAAGACAAAAGUACUAGAGAAACAUUCCCAUUUCUGUACUUGUAAUCGGCAUAUCUGAAAAGACGCUCAGCGUAAGUGAGUCGUGUUCUAUUAUUACGCUUCGUCUUUCUUAUCUUUGCUUAUCACCUUCGGAAUUACUGAUAAAAGUACCAACGUUGUAUCAGAGCUCAUUAAGCGAUUAAAAGCUGUGGUACACGUAAUUAAUUGACGUCUGCAAAAACGACGUCUGCACAAAUCCUUAUAUUUCUCAAAGUGAUCUAUACGCACGUGUCGCAAUCAUAUUAUGCUAACAUGUGGCAACUAAUGCGCGUUUUGUCUUUUCAUUUCCUCUUAUUUUCACGUGUAAAAGAUAUCUCGGUACAGCGACGUUAUAAGAACAUCAGUUCUUCGAGUCGGAUUUCCCAUGAAAAUUUUAUCACCGUUUAGGUACGAUUUGAUUGUAAAUAGCGACAACUCGCGCGACGGGAUAGCAACGGAAUUCCGCGAUGUCGUCGGCUAAUUGUAAGCAUUCCCAAGUCCCUAAUUAGAAAACUAGAAACUGCGAACGUUUAUCUCGCUCGGGAGAGAUAGCAAGCUUGGCGAAACAGCGCGGCCGAAAGAACUAGAACCAUAUUGCUUGAAUUAUGAUGUAAAUAACUCGAAGCUAAGACAUUAGCAUUAAGCCCCGCGGAAACUUGCCAAUGAACGCACUGAUUCUGUGCUAUUUCGUGCACAGUAUAUUAUCAAAACGAACGCACCGGAGGUGUUUCAUUGUUUAAUGGAAUAUAAAACAAAGGUGCACAUCAAAGUCAUAUUUUUUGUUUCACCAAACUCGAAUUCCGGAAGAAAACGAAUCGUCAACAAUCCCAAAAUACAAUUAAUUACGUGGAGUGCACAAGUAAUCUUGAUAAGUGUGUGUCAGCAUCGCGAUAUGCUGAUACUUUCCUCGGUUUUGUCGCGUCAGCGGAACUGCUUCGCGAGACUCGUCGUGUCCGAGUAAUUCGUCACCUUUAAGUCCGCUUGGAUCAGUCAUUCUAUAACGGAGCGUAUCGUGCGCGUUGUGCAUAGAAUAGAAUGAAAUGUGGACGCGCGGUUGAACAUGUUAAAGUCGCUCGGUAUCGGAGCGAAAGAUUUACCCUUACCGCCUUUACCGCCCACGGUUAUCCAGGCGGGCGCAAUGGCGAGCGACGGCGGGGUUGGUAAUGCCGGGUCCACGAGUUCCAGCAUGUCCGGGAAUUGCACCACCGUCGUCUACGCGUUUCCCGAGGAGGAUCACUUAGUGGUGGGAUACCUGAAUGAGUGGAUCAAUGCCUACUCCUUCAUAACGAACAACCAAGAGAAGUUCUACCUCUACAUUAUCGUAUCGGUCAGCGCCGGUAUCCUGCUCUUUCUGGGAUUGGUUAUCGGCCGACUGUUAUUCAGCCGACAUCGCGCCAAGAGGGACGCGAAGUUCCACGCGAAUAACGAGACCCUGCCGAACGGAUUCACCGACGAUAUUUCCGAGAUCGACGCCGACAUCGAUCUCACCACGCCAGUCGCAGUGCCAAUGCAAGACGCAAGAUUACCCGAGACCCAGCUGGCCGAGAGGCUCCACGGCGAGCGUUACUACGGCGACGCGAGGAUACCGCUGUCGCCGACGAGCAUCCACGCCACGUCGGUGCCUCACGCGACCAACACGGGGAUGCGCGUCGACCUUGGCAACCACAUGGUCGGCACGGACAACCUCCACACGAUUCUCUGCACGGAGAAUCCCCGGAACCUCAACAGCAAAAGCUACUACUACGGCUGACAGGAGGAAGGGGUUGUCCCGCGCGAGGGACGACCCCCGUCCUUGAGCCCGGUACCGGAAGUUAGCACGCGAAAAUAUUGCUUUUAAUUGCGAAGAAACGGUACGGCAGAGGCGGGCGCCAAGCCGCUGUAAAUUACGUUGAAGACGUUGAACGAGUUAUCGUUUGUUGCGCCGAAUCGUGGUACGCCACAUUGUGACAGUGCGAUCUCAGACUUGUCGGCCGUCGGACGCCGCGGGUGGUGAGCGCCCGUCGACGCUCGUUAACGACAGGGACUUGUAUAUCUGUAAACGUGUCGUCCAUCUCGAGGAUUCCGCGAAAAGAUUCUCGAUUAGCAAUGUAUAAUCUUGUCGUCAGGCGCAAAGGCGAGGGUGGGAAAGUAGGCGCCCAGUAGCUUGCGUUGUCUCGCUGCGACGUUACGCAGCGAGGCGAGGGAGCGAUGCGGAUCGACUUGUAGACCGAUGUGCGUAAGGAGGCUCGGAGUGGUUUCUUCUAAUAGGAUUGAAGGGUAGCUUUAAGGACCACCGCAUGCAUUUUUGAACUGCGCGUUCAAGUCGCAGGAGGCACGGAACGCGUUCAGACACCGGUUCAGACCGCGGGAGCGUUGCCGCCCUUCCGAAAUACAAAGAACGGUAUCGAGAGGGGUAGACGUGUAUUGCGGAUAACAUUUAUUUCUCGGAUUAUCAAGCUGUAAAAUGGAUGGAUUGAGUUUCGUUGUUUAAAUAGAUAGACAUAUCUUGUGGAAACUGUGUUAUCGACCUCGUCGACUCACGAUUUACUCGUUGUAUACCUUGUACUCACUGUAUACUCAGCCGUAUACCCGCGGAAGAGACUCACGGAGCGGAGUUCCAUGGAGCAUAUCGAUAACCUGCCGGUAACGUUUCGCUGGUAACGGACUUCCGGGACGACUGUUACUCGCGACUGGUCCGAGCCACCGCGCCCGGUACCAGCGGGAACAGGUCCAGCAGAGAUCCUUCCGUUUGUCUCGAGGAAGUCGACAAUGCGAGAAACAACCUGGGACGUUGAACCGUUUACGAGCGAGUGUAUUUUGUAUGUAGCAUUUCCUCCGGUAUCGACGAUCUAAGCGGGCCAAUUUCACCGUGAAAUCUGUAAGGGAAUCAAUCCGCACGCUGAAAAAAGAAUCUGAUAGAUUCAACCGGUCGUCUGUUGGAAAAUGGACGAAUCGGAAUUCCUUUAGGAUCUACCAGAUGUGUAGCGAAGUCUAGCAAACUGGUUACGAAAUAUCUCCCUCUAAAGGAAUUCUGAUUCGUCCAUUUUCUAACAGACGACUGGCUGAAUCUAUCAGACUUUUCUUUCAGUGUACGUUUCUCGAACCG